GUGCAAAUAAGGUUUCUGUGGUGAGACACCAGAUAAACUCAACUUCCUCUUUCAACAACAAAUGUGUCAGUUAUCAGCAGGAUCCAUGCAGCCAGAGUAAAGCUUUUUGCCCUUUGCUCCCUGCAAAGAAACAAGAGCGCUUAUCCCAGCUAAGCUCCAGGGAACCAUAAAUCCAUGGCUUACCUUGACAAAUAUACUGAAACAUUCAAGAUGCGUAGCAACAGUACCAGCACUGCUGAGAUUAACUGUAAUGUCACUAAUGUGAAAUUUCAAUACUCCCUUUAUGCAACCACUUAUAUCCUCAUAUUCAUUCCUGGUCUUCUGGCUAACAGUGCAGCCUUGUGGGUUCUGUGCCGCUUCAUCAGCAAGAAAAAUAAAGCCAUCAUUUUCAUGAUCAACCUCUCUGUGGCUGACCUUGCUCACGUACUAUCUUUACCCCUCCGGAUUUACUAUUACAUCAGCCACCACUGGCCUUUCCAGAGAGGACUUUGCCUGCUCUGCUUCUACUUGAAGUAUCUCAACAUGUAUGCUAGCAUUUGUUUCCUGACGUGCAUCAGUCUUCAAAGGUGCUUUUUUCUCCUCAAGCCCUUCAGGGCCAGAGACUGGAAGCGUAGGUACGAUGUGGGCAUCAGUGCUGCCAUUUGGAUCAUUGUGGGGACUGCCUGUUUGCCAUUUCCCAUCCUGAGAAGCACAGACUUAGACAACAACAAGUCCUGCUUUGCUGAUCUUGGAUACAAGCAAAUGAAUGCAGUUGCAUUGGUCGGGAUGAUUACAGUUGCUGAGCUUGCAGGAUUUGUGAUCCCAGUGAUCAUCAUUGCAUGGUGUACCUGGAAAACUACUAUAUCCUUGAGACAGCCACCAAUGGCUUUCCAAGGGAUCAGUGAGAGGCAGAAAGCACUGCGGAUGGUGUUCAUGUGUGCUGCAGUCUUCUUCAUCUGCUUCACUCCCUAUCAUAUUAACUUUAUUUUUUACACCAUGGUAAAGGAAACCAUCAUUAGCAGUUGUCCCAUUGUCCGAAUCGCACUGUAUUUCCACCCCUUUUGCCUGUGCCUUGCAAGUCUCUGCUGCCUUCUGGAUCCAAUUCUUUAUUACUUUAUGGCUUCAGAGUUUCGUGACCAACUCUCCCGCCAUGGCAGUUCUGUGACCCGCUCCCGCCUCAUGAGCAAGGAGAGUGGUUCAUCAAUGAUUGGCUAAAGUUAAGAUAUCUCUUUAAUUAUGACUUUGUUUACCUAUGUUCCUUGUCUUUUUCCCAAAGGCCAGAGUUGAAAACCAAUUUCUUUAAUUGAACCUUGUGAAGAACAGAAAUAAGUACCUUUUGUGUGAUAUUCACAGUCAACAAGGGUGUGAUGGUGAAGGCAGAGUGUGAAAAAUGUGAGAGAGGAAGAGAAAAUAGAUUUAACUGAUUCCUCUUUGAAAUUCAAGCCACUUUCUUUCUUUUUUUUUUUUUUUUAAUUUUAUUUAUUUUUUUUUUUUUUGAGACGGAGUCUCGCUCUAUCGCCCAGGCUGGAGU